AUGGCGGACCUCUACUUCAUUUUAGAAGAUGAAGGUGUUGCGGAGGAGGAGCCGGUGCGCACAUUCAACAGUUGCCGAGAUGCUUUCUCUUCAAUGUCGGAUGACGAAUUCGUGGCUACCUUCCGUCUGCCGAAGGAGGCGGUCAGAGAAGUAUGCGAAGCUGUUCGGGAGGAUCUGCAACGCACUCGGCAGUCGCAUCGUACGACGUUGACCGUGGAAUGGAGGGUGCCAAUAGCUCUUCGCUUCUAUGCCACUGGAGCCUUUCUGGGGAACCUUGCGACAGAAAACACCAUCGCCUGCAGCAAACACGCGGUCUCAGAGGCUAUUCACAAGGUCACCGAGCCCAUCUUGAAGAACCUCGCACCAAAGUACCUGCGAUUCCCCACCACGCCCGAUGAGAAGCUACAAGUGAAGCGUGGCUUCUACGAACUGGCCGGCUUCCCAGGCUGUGUUGGUGACAGAGCGUACCCGCUGCAACCCUGGCUCAUGACACCAGUCCGUUCUCCCUCAACACCCGAGGAACAGCGUUUUAACAGUGCACACAGCAGGACCCGUGUGCGCAUUGAGCACUGCUUUGGGGUACUGAAGAUGCGAUUUCGGUGCCUCCAGAGGUACCGCACAUUGCACUUCGCUCCGGAUCGGUGCUGCAAGAUCAUCAACGCCUGCGCCGUCCUCCAUAACAUGUGCUUAGUGUACAACACUGUUGAGCCUCUGGAUGACGCUGGUGAGGAACGGGCGGAAGGUGGUGCCACAGCGGAACCGGAGGAGGCUGGAGCAGAGGACUAUGAGCCUGACUCUGUGUCUGUGACAAAUCGUGCAUCACAACUCAGAAGCCAGCUUAUCAGACAGUGUUUCAGAUGA